AACUUAUUCUAUCUUCGCAUCAUAUUGUCCCUCUAAACUUAAUCAACUUGUAACCAGGAAAACAACACAUGUGUAAAAAAAUUUGGUCUAUUAAACUGUUAAUGAUGAAAAAUUAACAUUAACUGUUAAUUACCAAUUAUUUAAUUAUCGAAAGAAUAUCAAGUGAAAUUGACUUCCAAAGCAAUCAGAAGAUGUCAUAUAGAUUCAAAUGGAAUUCAUUCUUGUGCUUUAGUUUAUCACAAGCAUGUUUGAUUUUCAAUCUUCUAGAUUUGGUCGCAAAUACGUUUAUCAUUACCAGGUAUUCAGUGCUCUUCUAUGAAAUCCAAGCCCCCGAAAACCUUUCUUUUGUUGUUAUUGCUGCUAUCUCAGUUUGCACAUGCUCAUUUAUGAUAGUUGGAUCCAUGAUGGAAAAUCAUUGGAUGUUGAUUCCUCACAUUUUAUGGAAAACAGUUCUUAUCGGAUGCCUCGCCGUAUUAGUGGUGAUGUUAAAUUUAAUGCUAAUAGAAAAUAGGAAUGAAAAAGGAUUGUUACCGGUUAUUAUAAUUUUCAGCAUCAUUUUUGUUAUUUCUAUUCCAUAUUGGAAUGUGAUGAUGAAUCAUUACCUAGAGAUCAAGAAUAAGCCGGCUGCUCAUCUGAUGUACAAUUGGUCCACAAAUACAUCAUGAUCAGUAACAAUUUUUAUAAAAUAUCGUUCUAUGAAAAUAAAUUAUUUAUUUAUUUGAAACAA